AUGAGCGACAACGCGGAAGGCGACGUGGCGGUAGUCAGGCCGUGUUUGGCGCCUGGACCAACUGAAGGUGUCAAUUAUCCCCUGAAGGUUCACUACUGUGGAGGUUUUCCUCAAUUAUAAGAAAAGCUGUCUACUUUUCGUCCCAUUAGAAUGUUCCAUGCCGAUGGAGUACUGCGACUACUCCGGCAGGACCGAGGCCUGCAGGACUUGGGCGACCACCCACGCCCCAGAAGCUCUCGAAGGCCUUUCCAUCGACGACAAUGCCGAGGAAAACGAGAAAAAACAUCAGAAACGUGGCGGCAAAGGCACGUCCAAGCCCAAGGUGAGGGUUCAGGCUAUAUUCAAAGAAGGGCACACCUAUAUUUGUCGUGGAAAUUUUGACCGACAGGAACUUUUCCGUUUUUCAAGUCCAUUUUUUCACCUUGUGGGAAUGUACCUUUUUCUUUAAAAAAAGUAAAAAAAUCAUUGAGUCCUUUUUACUUAUAAUUUUUCAAGUCUGAAGGAAGAAUUGUGUGUCUAUUCGAGAAGAAAAUAUUAUAAAUUCCGUAUAACUCUUGGUUUUUUUCAAGUAAACAGUUUUUCAAGCCUAAAGUAAGAAUUUUUUUCGAGAAAAAAAUAUUUUUGAAAAACCCUUUUUCAAGCUCAAAAAAAUUUAAAAAGGCUGAAAAACCCAUUUGCCAUGAAAUUUUUUUAAAAGAAAAGCUUUUUCUCCGUUCUACAGUUCUUCAAUCAUCAACUCGAAAGUUUUCUGGUCGCAUUUGGAAUGGCUUGAACGGAAAACUGUAACCUCUGAAAAAAAAAUAAUAAAAAAACCGUUUUCUUUUUUUAAUCAAUAGUAUUCACAAGACCAAAGGUAAGAAGUUCGGGUUAUACGAAGAGCGGAAAGGAAAUAUUGACUGAAAAGCGACUUUUCAAAGUUUAUUUUAAAACUUAAAACUUUCUGUUCGCAUUUGGAAUAAACUAGCGGGAAAAGGUAUACCAUUGUUUUUCGAACAAAUUCAAAAAAAUAAACGGGUUUCUUCAUGUUUUUGAUCAUAUAAAAACAUUUUUUUACGAAAUGAUUGAAACUUUUUUUGACGAUGUGUUUGAAAAAAAGCGAGAAGUAAUAAUAAUAGAAAAUAGUUCUUUUCAUUUUUUUGAUAAUUUUUUUGCAACAUCAAAAAAAGGUGUAUAGAAAAUUUAAUAAGAAAAAAAUAUGAAUUUUUGAUGAAAAUAUCACAUUUUCAGGACAAGAAAAAAAGCGACUGGCGUGGCAAAAAGUCACUUUACAGAGGGAGCCUAGAGGGAAAAAAAGUCGGUCACCGUUAUCAAAGGACUCCAGACUUUUGGUUUUUCCAUUGUUUUUUUAAAAAAAUGUUUUUUUCUCAGAAAUUGACCUGAAAGUCGCUACGAAACUUUUCGCGCAAAAGUUUGCUUGUGGAAGUUCGGUCACAGGAGCUGAUGAGAUUGUUAUUCAGGUUUGUUUGAAAGAGAAAAAAUCUACAAGGAAAAUAUAGUGAAAAAAGGUCAGUUAUAAAGUUAAAAAGGUCAGGUUAACUAGUUAAAAGUUUGAAAGCGCGUAGGAGAAGAAAAAAAGGAUUUCUGAUUGAAAGGUCAUUUCAAAGAUAUAGUCUGAUCAGAUUUUGAAUGGCAAGUUCAAUGACGUCAUUCAAAAACACUCUGUGGAUGGCUCGCUCUCUGAUUGGUUUAUUGCACCAUUAUGGGCGGAGCUUCAGCGGCGACUUGACAUUCAAAAUCUGAACAGACUAUAUUCUUGAAAUCGCAUAAUUUAACUUUUUUAAACAAAUCAUUUCAACAGAAAAAAGAAAAAAGAAAUUGGAGGAAGGUGAAGGAAAAUUGAAAGUUUAGAGGGAUGACUGAUGUCACGUUCACGUUAUAUUUACGCAUUAAAUUUCAUUUUCUCAGGAACUUUGUUCUUUUAAGCGUGUGAGCUUGAACGAAAUGAAUAACUGCGAUUUUUCGAUUUUUUCAUUGUUUGUAUAGUCUAUUCAGUUUUUAAAUGUCAAGUACAAUGACGUAAUUUAAAAACGCUCUGUAAAUGACUCGCUCUCUGAUUGGUUUAUCGCGGAAUUAGGGGCGGAGCUUAAGCGAGAACUUGACAUUCAAAAUCUGAACCAACCAUAUGCCUCCUUAUAAGUUGAAGCUCCUAUUAGAUUUUCCGCCAAGAUUUAAAUUUUUAAUUCUGUCUUUCCAUUCACUUCACGAAAUAUUUCUUCAGGGUGACGUGAAAGACGAUCUCUUCGAUCUGUUACCGUCUAAAUGGCCUCAGGUAAUUUACCUGUUUGAAAUUUAUAAUCAAAGUCUUUUGAUUUCAGAUAACUGACGACUCCAUUGAAGAUCUCGGUGAUAAAAAACGAUAA